AUGAAAAUACAGAUAUUAGGCAAUGGAAAAGUACCCAUUAUCGAUCCGCAUGAUUCUGAUUGGUAUAGAUUGAAAAAGAUUUCUCGAAUAAUUCAAUACACUACCUGCACAAUAGUUCUAAUUAUACAAAUAUUGAUUGGGUAUAAGAAGAAAAAGAGUCUAAACAAAGGUCAAGUCAUUGAGAGUCUGAUUGAGAAUGAUCAAGUCUUAAUUACGUCAUUAGAACCCACAACUUAAAAGCUCUAUCAAAAUUAGGGAACAGGUACUUAAGGAAAUUCUCAGAUGGUAAAUACUUUGGAAUCAAAAAAUACUUAAUAAAUACAAGCCAUACAAAAAUUAAACAACAACAAUAAUAAUAAUUCAUGA